GAGAGAGAGACAGAGAGAGAGACAGAGAGAGAGACAGAGAGAGACAGAGAGAGACAGAGAGAGAGAGAGAGAGAGAGAGAGGAGGAUGAGUGUGUACACUCUUAACCUGCGGGUGUUCUGGCCUCUGUUGACCUGUGUGUUGACUGGUCUGGUUUUCCACCACCACAUAACCCACUGGCUAAGCCCAGAAUCAGGCCCCGAUCCUGGGUACGAGGCUGGGACAGAGCCCUGCUUUGACCAGGGCCCUCCUGUCUUUUUCUCCCUCAUCAAACUACUACUGGCCUGUGUCCUCUGCUACCUCUUCAUAAGGUACUGCUCCACCCACCCAGGAGGGCCCCAGAGGGUGCCUCUCGAGGCCGCUGACGGGGCUCUGAAAUCGGGUUGGUCUCGUCGAGAGGUCCUGGAGGACUACUACGAGCGCUGGGUGCGUCUGUCUCCUCACGUCCUGGGGCACAGCAAGGCCCACGUGGCCAAACUGGUCGGGGAGCUGGUCAGAGCCGGACGUGCCACUGGAGGUAUCCCAGAGUCCUCUCUGGCGUUCCGGGGAGACUUCCUGCAGGUGGGCAGUUCAUACGAGGAGCACAAGGUGGGCGCUCCAGAUUACUAUGAUAUCCUGGUACCUCUGAAGAUUCCCCGAGAACUGAAAUUGGAGCCACGAGUAUACAGAGGGGAGAGGAGGGGGGAGGAGAAGAAGGACGAGAGAGGAGAGGAGAAGGGGGAGGGCAAGAGUGAUGUGAGGGGUGAGGAGAAAAAAGAGAAGGGGGACACGAGAGCUGAGGAAAAUAACAAGAGGGUGGAGGUUAAAGAGAACUGGAGAAAGUCAGGGAAAGGGGAGGGCAAGGGAGAUGUGAGGGAGCAGAGGGGGGAGGUUAAAGAGAACGGGAGAAAUUCAGGGAAAGGGGAGAGCAAGGGGGACGUGAGGGAGGAGAGGGAGGAGGUUAAAGAGAACGGGAGAAAGUCGGGGAAGGGGGAGGGCAAGGGGGAUGUGAGGGAGGAGAGGGGGGAGGUUAAAGAGAACGGGAGAAAGUCAGGGAAGGGGGAGGGCAAGGGGGAUGUGAGGGAGGAGAGGGGGGAGGUUAAAGAGAACGGGAGAAAGUCAGGGAAGGGGGAGGGCAAGGGGGAUGUGAGGGAGGAGAGGGGGGAGGUUAAAGAGAACGGGAGAAAGUCGGGGAAGGGGGAGGGCAAGGAGGAUGUGAGGGAGCAGAGGGGGGAGGUUAAAGAGAACGGGAGAAAGUCGGGGAAGGGGAACAGGAUGAGGGUAAGAAGCAAUAAAGUGAAGGAAGUCCAGAAGGACGACAGCAAGAUGGAGGAGCAGACAGAGGUCAAAGAAGAAGGGAAGGACGUCUUGAAGGACGAGGUGAUGGACGAGAUGAAAUGGGAAAGUUCAGAGGGCGGUGGGUGGAGCGGGGUGCCGCGGUGCAGUCUAGAGACUCCUCGCCGUGGUGACUGGCUACGAAAACACCGCAACUUCACUGACACGUUUUUACGAAUGACCCCCUCUCGGGGGUCGCCCGAAAGGUCAUCGAGGUCAUUAUCAGGGGUCACGGCAGUGUCAGGAGGAGGAGGAGGAGGAGGGGGCGGAGUCUAUCGCCUGACCCCGGACUCCGUCCUCCGUUGGUUCUACCCGGCGGUCCAGCGUUGCCUAGCAACCGUGCGCUACCCUUUCGAGCAGCGCUGUACGCUGAGUCUGGCUCUCGCCGACGACCGUGUGCAGCUCCGACUCACACCGCGUUCCGACUACGUCUGCUGUCACAUCUCCAUGGCAAUACGGCUCCUCCCUGCCAUCCCCCUCGGAGACGGGGUCUACCUGGUUCCCAUGGAAACGACGGCCUCAGUGGCGAUGUCAAAUACAGACCAGCACCAGAACCAGCAGAGCGAGGAGAGGGACCUGUGGACUUUGUUCUUCCCCCGCCAGGAGCAGCGUCUGCUGGGCUGGCUCCGGGGCCGCUCACCACAGCCCUCCUGCCACCUCAAGGUGCUCCAGCUGACCAAGGCCCUGCGUGACCUGGGUGGCCAGGCACUGGACAGCCACCGGGGGGCGCUCUGGAGGUCAGUCCUCUCCUCCUACACACUGAAGACGGCCUGGCUGCGUCUGCUACUCAGCUCUCCUGCAGAGGCCUGGGAGGAUCGCCAUCUGGUGGCCAGGAUGGAGGAGCUGGUCCGCAGCCUGAGGGAGAGCCUCCAGAACCGGGCUCUGGAUCACCUCUUCCUGGGGAGCGACAGCAGCUCCAUCUUACCUGACUCUGUGACUCUACCUAAGUUGGUCAAAGAAGCGGUGGGAGCUCCAGUGGGGGGUCCAGUGGAGGGUUCGGGGGGACGUUUGGGGGGUUCGGCAGGGAACCUCUGGGCAGGUGUGGACCCAGCCUCAUUGGACCUAGUGUCUGGCCGGUUGGCGUAUGCCUGGAGCCAUCUCCACCGGCUGAUCAGGUUGGGCCGACCCCAGAGGAGUAGCUUGGGGCUGGGCAGGGCAGGAAACAUAAACUGCCAGCAUCUGCAACCUGGAGAGUAACCAACUUAUCUUUUCUGGAAACGAAUGAAAGGAUUACAGGUGAAAUCAGAGGUUAAUAUCCUCCAACAACAGACCCAGUCAAACCGAGAGAUACAUAGACAGACGGGAUGGAUGAAACAUCAGACUACUUGCUCAUCCAAAGGUUGUACAGGAGCUACUGGUCUAGAAUAAAAAAGAAAGUCUAUAACAGUGAUGGGACGUUCUCUGAGUCAUCCCUCUUAACCAGUCAUGAAUGGAAAUCAUAGGGAAUUUGUAAUUUAUGAAUUUGUAAUUUAUGAAUUUGUAAUGAAUACAUGUGUAAUUUUUCCCUGGUACAUAAUGAAUGAGGUUUCAUUCAAAACCAGAGUGAUUGUAUGUCUGCUUCUGCCUGUGUCCC